CUUGACCUGCCCUCCCCUCUCCCCUCCAACGCCGACCGUCUGCCAAGAGGGACACCUUAUCCAGCAGGGGACUUUGACGGACCGGAGAUCCAUCCAUCCGAAAAAAAAAAAGCAGUGCUUCCCUGUCCUACUAGGAACACCACUACCGUCCACCCCCCGCCCCUCAUCUUUGUUCUCCCCGCUUCUCUCCCCGAAUGCCUGGAACAGCAGGUUGGCAUGCAGCCACUGCACCUCUGCCACAGUGAAGGUUGGAUUAUUUUGUAAGCCCGGGCCCAAAUCUCUUUCCUCCGCGCCGAGGGGAAUAGAGACAAGGAAGGGAUACCGCAUUUAACAAAAAAGAAAGGGUGAAGCAAAGGGAGGGUUGGAAAAAAAAGAAAGGGUGCAGAAAAAGAAAAGAAAAGGAAAAAAGGCAAAAAGCAAAGGACCCAGCCCCAGAACGUCUGCAGGAUCUCGGUGGUUGCUUGUCCACCCUACACGACAAAAAGGAAGCAGCCAUGCGUUUCCCUGCGUUGCUGUUGACACUGCAGGCGGUGUGGGGUAGCCUGUGCCACGCCAUGCAACACUACCAGGCCACCUGGGGACACUACGACAUGUGCAAGUCGCAGGUGUACACGGACGAGGGCCUCACCUGGGAUUACAUGGCCUGCCAGCCCGAGGCGGCCGACAUGACCAAAUUCCUGAAGGUGACCCUGGACCCGCCCAACAUCACCUGCGGAGACCCGCCCGAGACUUACUGUGCCCUGGAAAACCCCUACAUGUGCAACAACGAGUGUGACGCCACCACGGAGGAGCUGGCCCACCCGCCCGAGCUGAUGUUCGACCUGGAGGGCCGCAACCCGUCCACCUUCUGGCAGUCGUCCUCCUGGCGCUUGUACCCAAAGCUGCUGGUCAACAUCACGCUGUCCUGGAACAAGACCAUCGAGCUGACCGACGACAUCAUCAUCACCUUCGAGUCGGGCCGGCCCGAGCAGAUGACUGAGAAGUCGCUGGACUACGGUCGCUCCUGGCAACCGUACCAGUUCUACGCCACCGACUGCCUGGAGGCCUUCACCAUGGAGCCCAAGACCAUGCUGGACAUCUCGCAGACCACGCUGCUGGACAUCAUCUGCACCGAGGAGUACUCGCGCGGCUACGUGUGGAAGAACGACAAGACGGUGCGCUUCGAGAUCAAGGACCGCUUCGCGCUGUUCGCCGGCCCGCGCCUCCACAACAUGGCGUCGCUCUACGGCCAGCUGGACACCACCAAGAACCUGCGCGACUUCUUCACCGUCACCGACCUGCGCAUCCGGCUCAUGCGGCCGGCCACCGGCGCCACCAUGGUGGACGAGAACAACCUGUCGCGCUACUUCUACGCCAUCUCCGACAUCAAGGUUCGCCGAUGCAAGUGCAACCUUCACGCCAACAGCUGCGUGUUUGAUAAGGACAAGCUGAGUUGCGAGUGUGAGCACAACACCACGGGGCCUGACUGUGGCCGCUGCAAGAGGAACUACCAGGGCCGGGCUUGGAGUGCUGGCUCCUAUCUCCCCAUUCCCAAGGGCACUGCCAAUAUCUGUGUUCCAAAUAAUAUUGGUCCAGUUAUUCGCCAGAAUGUCUCGUCCCUAGGGGUUGCUAACCGAAAUCAAGCCCGCGUGUGCGACAACGAGAUGCUGCGCUGCCAGAACGGCGGCGUGUGCCUGAACAACCUGCGCUGCCAGUGUCCCGGCGGCUUCAGCGGCCUGCUGUGCGAGAAGGCCCAGUGCGAGGGCGAGGCCGGCGGCUGCAGCGGUCCCGACUCCGGCGCCCCGUCCGCGCUCGCCCUCCACCCGCCCCUGGCAUCCCUGCUGCUGGCGCUGGCCCUCAGCCUGGCGCCCGUCCUCCUGGGAGAGGCCUGCUGGUCCUCCUCCAACUGACCGAUGACGAGGACAUCCCCCCAACCAAC